AUGAACAACCACCAAGCUGUGAAGCAACAAAUGAACCCUAAGGGCUCGAAAGAACAAAACAGAAUGGUGGCUCCAAACAGCAACAUGCCGGGGGGGAUGCGCGAUUUAGCUUAUCACAGGAACAAUGGAAACAACGAAAUGGGGAAAAUGAACAUGAACGCAAAUGGGCAGCAACAUAACGCAGGAAGUAGCAAUACGUACAACUCGAACAGUAUAAAUAAUAACAACUAUUCUUUAGGCCUAUACAUUGACAACCCACAAAAUGCAUUCGUAUUUGACGAAAACGAUUUGAAAACAUUAUUUUCUCAUUACAAGGGGGCGAAGAAUAUAAGAAUUCUAAAUGAUAAGGCAGCUGCGCAAAUUACCUUUAACGACAAGAAUAUGAUUCAGCAGGUGAGGAAAGACAUAAACGGGCUGACCAUUACAGACAUUGGCACGAUUAGGUGUAUUAUACUGAAUGAGGGUAAAAUUGUGGAACAGUUUCUCCCCUUUUCGGCCAACGACCCCGCGUCGGCACAGCAGAAGGGGGGUUCUAAUCAGAGUGGCGACAGCACAGUCGAUAUGCUGAAGAAGCUGGCGAACUUGCUGCAGCCGGAGCGUGCCAUGGAUAGUAGCAUGGCCCCGAAGAUGGGCGACAACGGGGGAUUAAGCGCGACGGGGAGUGUGAACAUGGGUGCAAGUAUCGCUACAAAUGUGGGCAUGGGUGGAAAUAUGCCCACAAAUGCGAACAUGGGUGGAGUUAUCACUACAAAUGCGAAUGUAAGUGCGAAUGUGAGUGCGAAUGUGAGUGCGAACCCCAUGCCGGGGAAGAACCAAGUGAAGAAUAAAAUGGGUAAUCACGCCAUUUACAACAACGGAGGUAGCCACUUCAACCAAGCGCACAUGAACAAAGGGGAGCCAGGCGAGAACAACCCCUACGCUACGAAGCGGUUAAGCCGAAUUGAACUAAUUGACAUAUUUGGCUUUCCCGUAGAAUUUGAUGUGAUGAAAAAAAUUCUAGGAAAAAAUAACUCUAACAUAUCUUACAUAAAGGAACAAACUAAUAACUCUGUGUCCAUUGAGAUAAAGGGGAAGCCAUUUAAUGAAGCUCCGAUUGUGGAGCGAAUGCAUGUGUCUGUUUCGUCGGACGAUCUGAUAGGCUAUAAAAAAGCUACGGAGUUAAUUGUAAAAUUAUUGAAUUCUAUUUUUGAAGAAUUUUACGAUUUCUGUUAUGAGAAGAAUUAUCCUGUUCCGGAAAAUUUGUCUUUUAAGAGACACGAAUAUAUGUAUAACCCCGAUGGGAGUACCAAGUAUGUGGGAUUUAAGGACAAGUGGCAUGUUAUGAAGGACAGCUAUAGGACCGAUUACUCCUUUAGGAAAAACAAAGGCUUGCAAAAGAACGACAAGGAUAAGAGGAUGCACGGCGGCGCCUUUGGCGGGCACCCCAACUUGAGCAUCGGCUACGCCAACCAGAAUGCCCCCCAGGGGGACUUCAAGGAAAUGUAA